AUGACUGAGUCAGAACUUCAGGAAGGAAACUCUGAUAACAUGGUAAAGAUCAUGGAGAACUUGAACAGGGAUUUAGAAAAACUGCUGGAGGAAAUAGAAAACCUAACAGUGCAGGCAACCUGGAUGGCAUAUGACAUGGUGGUCAUACGUACCAACCCAGACCUGGCCAGCUCCAUGAGGUGUUUGGAAGAUGCCUUCCUGAGGUGCAAAGAAGAGGUAGAGAAGAAAUAUCAAGAGGUGCUAAACGAAUCUAAAGGCAAAAAGAAGGAAUAA